AUGCGUGCUAACAACCUUCUGUUGCUCGCCGGUCUGGCGAGCUCCGUUGCUGCUUACCCCACCGAUAUCGAAAGCCGUACUCUUGGCCCCCUUCUGGAAGGUAUUGGCAAGGGUAUUGUCGUUAUUGGUGAGGGUGUUGGAGAGGGGAUUGAGGAUGUCACCAAGGGCUUGGCCGACUUGAUCAGCCUCCUCUUCGGUGACAGCAGUGGUCACACCACGGUAACCAUCCUCGAGGGAAUCAGCGCUCAGGCAGCCGCGGCCCUCCAAGGUGGUGCUUUGGGAUGCACUGCUGGUACUAUUCAUGCCGAUGCACGUGCAGAGUUGGUGGCAUGGCUCAAGGCUCAUGCUGAGUUCGAUGCCUCCUUGAAGGCAGCCCUCGUGGCCUGGGCCCAGGGCGGAGCCUCUGCCACCUUGUCCGUGGAUGUCUGUGCUGGACUAUCAUUGUUCAUCCCCACUUGUGCCGACAUCGCCGCUAAGGGUGAUCUGUAUGUGACCCUUGACGGUAUCUUCGCCGCAACCGAUCUUGCUGCCGAAGUUGUGCUCAGCGCUUCGGCUCAGUCUUCGCUGUCUACCUUCCUCUCUGGACACCUUGGUGCUGGUCUUGGUCUCUGUGCCGGCGGUGGUCUUGUUGCCGAUCUGGCCGCGGACGUCAAGGCUGCCCUGAAGGUUUGGCUCUCUGGCUCAGAGUGCACCUUGAGCCAUUCGUUGAAGGUUUCUGUUCUGGCUUGGUUGGAGGGCAAGAUCGAAACCGGAGUCGUCUCGAUUGGCUCUGUUCCCUCUGGUGGUUUGGCGACUAUCUCCGCUGGUGCUGCUAUUGGCAGCCUCAUUGAAGAGUCUGGAAUUCUGGUUGCCAGUGCUCAAGCUUCCCUCUCUGCCUUCCUCGAGGCCGACAUUGCUGCUAACCUUGAGGUUGAGAUCCUGACCGCUCUCAAGGCGUGUGCUAAGGGUGGCCUCGCUGCUGAUCUCAGCGUUGAAGUCCGUACCGCUUUGGCUAUCUGGCUCUCUGGCUCCAGCUGCCGUCUUGGUGCCGAACUUAAGUCUGUUGUUCUGUUCUGGCUUACCUUUGCUGUUUCUGCUGAUGUCGCUGUUGAUGUGAGCGGUGGUCUUCUCACUGAUAUCACCUCCUUCCUCACCGGAACUGUUGACACCCUUAUCGGCACCAACCUCCGUGGUGUGAUCUCUGUUCUCAUCUCUGGCGAGAGCCUCGUCUCCAUUUCCAUCGACGCUCGUGCUCAGCUCGCUGCCGUCUGCGGUGGUGCUGCUGGUAUUGAGAUUGAUACUCAGAUUAUCCUCAUCCUCAUCCAGUGGCUCUCUGGCUGCGACACUGGGUCUGGCGCCCACAUCCGCCCCCCUACUUCCGGCUCCGUUGUUCCCAGCAUUCCCGCUUCUACGCCUGUUGCCUCUACUCCCGCUGCCUCGACUCCUCUUGUGCCCACUGCUAUCCCUACCAGUGCCGGUGCCACUGGAAGCAACGUUCCCUCCGUCCCCGCUGGCUCUGCCACUACCGGUGUUACUUCUGGUGUCACCUCCGGCUCUGUUAUCCCUACUCCUAGUGGCCCGGCUCCCAGCGAUGAGGCUAGCACCACUCCCUGUGACACCAUUACUUCUGAGACUGUCAUUGGCAGCGCCACCACUGAGUAUCCUUCCAGCCCUGUCCCCACUGAUGUCAGCCCUACC